AUGUUUCCUAAUCAAAAUGGAAAAUCGGUACAUUUUCCACAACCAGAACCGGAAUUUUUAUCCUUGCCCAGUCAAAAUGAACGGAGUUUAAGUUUGACUUCUCAGGCUUUAAGUGAUGUGCCCAGUGAUUUAAUUAUUAAGUCUCGUAUUAAAUAUGGCACCAGAUGGUCGGCAUGUAAGGGUCUAUUGGCUGAAUACUCAAAGAGUACUUCUGUUCAUGGCCUACGUUAUAUAUUUGAAGUUCAUCGGCCAUUUUAUGAAAAGCUUUAUUGGAUUAUAUUGAUGUUAAUAUCGUUCUAUUUUGCGGUAUCUUUAAUGUGGGAUACUUAUUUGAAAUGGUUGGAUUCUCCGGUUAUACUGGGCUUUGAUGAAACUCUAGUGCCCGUUAAUAAAAUACCAUUUCCAACAAUAACCAUUUGUCCCGAAAUUAAAAUGGACACAACUACUUUUGAUUUUACCAAUGUAUCACGGCAAAUUUGGUCCGAAAUCGAGGAAAACAAUAAUAAAUUUGAAAAUUUUGCCAAUUUAACCGAGGAAGAAUUGCAACGUUUUGCUGCCACUUUACAAAUUUGUGAAAAUGAAGUAAUCGAUCGUUUUGCGCCCCAUAUACCGAAAGAUAUACAUGUGGAUGUGGCCCAAUCUUUAGUGGAAAUGGCUUUGACACCAAAUACAACACUGCCGUUUUGUAAAUGGAAUGGCCGUUUCUAUUUUUGCGACAAACUAUUUAAAUAUGUCAUGACCGAUGAAGGUGUUUGUUAUCAAUUCAAUGGUCUGCAAGCUAAAGAUAUUUAUAGGGAUCCCAAUUAUAUAAGUUAUUCAGAUAAGACCGAUAUUGAUUACAACAAUUAUUACGACAUAGAACUGCCCAAAUUUAAUAACAUCUCCGGUAAUUGGUCUUUAGAUGAUGGUUAUGUGGAUCAGGGUUUUAAUGCUUAUCCCCAGAGAUCGGUAUUGUCAUCGGCACGCAACGGUUUGUUUGCCUUUAUGAUUGGUUUUGAACAUAAUUUCGAUUACACCUGCCGCAGUUUUAAACAGGGCUAUAAGGUAUUUCUAAAUUCUCCCGAAAGUGUACCCUUGACAACGGGAAAUUAUAUAUUGGUUCCACACGAUGAAGAAGUUCUGGUAUCAAUUAUACCACAAUAUGUUAUAUCGACAGAUAAUUUACAUGACUUUGGACCAGAAAAACGACAAUGCUAUUUUAAUGAUGAACGUUAUUUGCGUUUCUUUAAAUCGUAUUCCCAAAGUAAUUGCCAGACUGAGUGUUUGGCUAAUUUUACAAUAAGUAAAUGCGGAUGUGCUAAAUUUUGGAUGCCCAAGCCCAUAGAUACUCCCGUCUGCAGUCUGUCGGAAGUUGAAUGUUAUAGUCAUGCCGACGAUGAAAUGAAUUUCAUAAUCGCAAAUCAAACAAAACAAAAACUAAUAGAUUCGAAUGUGAAAAUAAUGUGUGAUUGUAUGCCAUCCUGCAAUUCAUUGGAUUAUAAUUUUGAAAUUUCUCGAGCCUAUUAUGAUUUUGAAAAAACAGUUUUGGCCCAGCGUGACACAUAUGAACAUGAUGACGGUAGAGCUUCACGUUUCUCGGUCUACUACAAGGAGCCACAAUUCACAGCGAUUAAACGUACUGUGAUGUUUGGAGUUACCACUCUUAUAGCGAAUUGUGGUGGUAUUUUUGGCUUAUUUAUGGGCAUAUCGAGUUUAAGUGUUAUUGAAUUCGCAUAUUUCUUUUCGGUACGUUUGUUUAAUAAUUUAAGAAAGCGGCGGUAUAUUAAAAAGAGAUUAAUGGAACAAGAUUUGGAACAGGAAACAGAAUGAAGUAUACAGUAGUUUUAAUUAUAAUUAUGCGCACCCAUGUAUAUUUAAAUUUAAAGUUUAAUAUUAAAAGUAUAUAAUAAAAACAAUUGUGAAAAGAAACAUAA